AUGCCUCAGAGGAUGGAUAUGCAUGUGGUCUGGGACUCUGAGAAUAACAUUUGUGACACAGGUACGAAGCAUUCAGAUUAUUCCCGGAAGACCUCUAAGCAGGUGGGCCACAUAUCCAGCCUCCAGAAGGAGGCAGACAUGAAUUACUCGAGGACAUGCACUCCCUGUUGCAACUCUGCUGGACCUCCAGGUAAGCAGGAGCUUCCUGCAGAGUUGCAGUAUGAAGACAAAGAAUCCUAUGAGACCUACUACCAGAAACGAGGUGAGAGUACAGCUGGGAUAUUUGUUCCCUCCAGUACCAACUCUGACCUGCAGUAUGAAGAUAAAGAUUUACAGCACUGUUCCCCUGAGCAGUCUGAGAAGCCACAGAGAAGACUAUGUGCUGAUAACAAAAAUACCAUUCUUGUGGACAUGUUUGAUGAAGACCUGGAGCCUAUCCCUGAGGAAGCUUUGCCAUAUGGUUGCAAGAAGUGUGGUUCCACUUUCCAGGGUAUGAGUGAGCUGCAGGAACAUAAGCGAAUUCACCUUGUGGAAAACUCAUACCAAUGUCCUGUCUGUGCCAAAGAGUUCUUCCGUGCAGCAAACUUGCGAAUGCACAAGCUCAUUCAUUCUAGUGACAGGCCACACAAAUGUCCAGAGUGUGACAAGGGUUUCAUUCGCACAGCUGAUGUCUGGAGGCACCUGCGCAAUGUGCACAAGAUAGAGCGCUCCAUGGUGAUCUUGGGAAAUGGCAUGGCUAGGAAUCCGUGGUCAGUAGCACACCGUAACCAACACACUGUUGAAUACACUGAUCAGCCUUGUGCAGAGAACCACAAGCCUGAGGAGGAUGACUAUAAACCUUAUUCCUGUCCAACAUGCAGCAAAGGUUUUGAUAAGCCUAACCUGCUUUCCAAACACAAGGUGAUUCACCGACAAGACAAACCCUAUAAGUGUCAGGAGUGUGGCAUGGCAUUUGUCCAGUUGCUGAGGCUGAAAAGACACCAGCAGACUCACUCUGGGGAGUGCCCCUUCUAUUGUGAGGAGUGUGGAGGGUCGUUCACCCGGCUGGCAUCGCUCCAGCGCCAUCACCGCAUCCAUACUGGAGAGAAGCCCUACUCUUGCAAUUACUGUGGUCAUUCCUUCACUGAGUCAGGUACCCUACGGAGGCAUGAGCGCACGCACAAAGUGGAUAAAUCAUAAUUCUUAGUUCAUUUGUGAUUGUGGUCUCCUUGGUUGCUUCUUCCUUGAAUGAGGCUUGCUCAGUUGGGCUGGAGAAAGCACUCCCCUGCAUGCACUCUGGCCGGUACAGACACACUUCCCAGCAGUGGCUGACGGGCAACACUGCAUCAUGGGGAUCUCUGGAACUUGUACUUGGUAGAGAUUGUAAUUACUGGCUUUAAACUAGCUUUGUACAAAAAAAAAAUAACCUAAUUACCACUGAGUAAUGAAAUGUGAGACUUGAGAAGACUGAAAUCACAAGUGCUAGUGCUAUCUCAAUUCACUGAACUGGUGAUACAUCAGCUUGUGCUUUUUGCAAGGGUGCAUGAACUAUGAGACUUCUCUCUGCAGUCUUGGUCACUGGAUAAAUUUGCCCUACCUUCUUAAGUGUGAUGACUGUUUGGCAUUGGGUUUGGAGAUCUGUUGUUGCAGGUCUUUGUUAAGUUAGAACAGUCCAGAGCUGUUGUUCUGUCCCUUCUCUCCUUGCAAUUUCCAGUUUUAAUUUCUGUUACUUUUCUUUUUUUUUUUUUGUUUAGAGCGGAAGUAUUGUGUUGGUUAUUAAAAAAAAAACACCAAACCCAAACAAACCAAAACCCACAAACAACCACAAACCAGUUCCUUAAUAAACUCAAGGUGCCAGCUGUAUGUCAUAGAUGUUUCUAUCUAAGGGAGUACUGAUCCAUUAUGCACUUUUGUGUGAUUAGUGAAUGUCUGUUAAAAAUGGAAAAAGCUCUAUUUUUGCUAUGACAGUGGAUGUUCUUGUGGUGAGGGAUCUGAAUACAUUUCUGUCUGGUGGAACUGUGCACUCUGAAUCUGUCCAGCUGAGUAUUACAGUAGGAAAUGUUUGAGAACACAUUUAAAGAGCAGAAGAACAAAUUUAAGCCACCUUUGCUACUCACUGCAUAGAAAUCUUCUUCAUUUAAGCAUUUUCACACACAUGGAAGGUUCUCAUAACAAAAGCAUGUGUUUUUUUCUGUGAUGUGUCUGAGUACUACCCCAAGUGUCUGCUAGACUCUUCACUUUCAUUUAGAUUCUGUUGGUUAGCGAAGAAAAACUUCCAUGGAAACUAGCUGAGCAGACUCAGCAGGUGCUGCCAAAUAACCUAGGGCUCUAACUUCCAAAGAGGUAUGUAUUGCCUCAUUUAUAGAAGUGGGUUUUUUAAUUUUGAAACUUAAUAGUGACACUUAAUCUUCUGUUAACCACUGUGGUGGAUGCAUCCAGUUUGUCCUUAAGUUGCAGGCUUAAUUUCCUUUCCAUGUCAGAAAGCUUUUCUUCAUUUCCUCUGCCAGCUGCCAUAAUUUCACUAAUUUCUUUCUAAUGCAUUCUGCCUUUUCAGCAGAAAGUUGUACAGCAGAGUGAAAGUAAAGCUUCAGGGUAAUGUACCUUUGCAUUUACUGUUAGGCUGUUUAGUGUAAAGUAUUGAUUGUGCCAUUUGUUUGCAUAUUUCAUAGAGUAAAAAUUGGCAAUGGCUGCUCAGCACCUUCCACCCAUGCAACAGCUGAGCAGGCAUUCUGCAGUUGUGAGUACUGUUGUGUUUGAUGUGAGGUCCUUGGCUCAGACCAAGUUGAACCACCGUGCACAGCAACACUUUAGCAUGAUUAUGAAUGGGAGACUAAUUCUCCCAGCCUCACUCAUGGGUCAGUUUAAUUCCUCAAAGAAGUCUCCAGAUUAUGGAACUGAUCUGCAUCCCGCUUCUUGGGGAUGUGUUCUGUUGUCUCUGAAAUUAUGUCCUUUUGUAAUGCAAAUACCUCUGCUGGGAUGGCUGAACCCUGCAUACCAUGUGCGUUCACUACAGCUGUGAGUGAGACGUCUCCAAACUCCCUUCUGCAGGUAGUUCCAGUACAGUUUUAGGUUUCUUGAAGGGCUUUUGAUGGGGCUCCUUAGCAAAGGGUCAGUCUUGCUGAGGGCUGCUUAGCCUCUCUUAAGAGGAAAUAUCUUUGUGUGUAAAAAGUGGUUAAAUAAUCUGCAGAAAGAGGUCAUCAGUGCCCUUUCUGUGGGGACCGUGCUGUUCAACACAAUCUGAAGUGACCUAGAGAGAGGGCAGAUAUCAAGGUGACAAAGCCAUUCCAGAGGCUAUCAUGCAUUAAGUUUCCACCCUAACCUAAACCCAUUUUGAAGUUGUUGGCUACAAUCUCCCUUUUUCAGGAUCUCGCUUUUCCCCUCGGGUAUGCAGUGCUCUUUCUGCAGUGGGUUUUAAUAUCCAAUUAAACUGCACUAAUAUGUGUACUUUUAUGUUGUGUGACUGUUCUGCUUAGACAGCUGUAAUUGGGAACAUCUAGUUGUUCUGCUUUUUGGUGUAAGCAGUUGGUGAAAUUUGUAUCUGUAAGAGCAUAAUGGUGUAAGUGUUUUGAACAAAGGUCUGUUUAAUGGGAAGAGUAAAUGGUUGGUGAAAUGAAAACUACUAGGCUUAACUAAAAGGUUAUUAAAAAGAUACUUGCCUGGAAGGUUGACUUGCCGGGAAGGUUGACUUGCAUGUAAGGUGCUUGGAUGUGUGAAACGAGUAAUUAAAAUGUGAUGGUUUCUGGGAA